UGCCGGGGUCCUCUCUCGGUGACGGUCGCGCCGUUGCCCCGGUGCCGGAGACGGUCCCCGGAUGUGGCGGCUGGGAAACGGGAUCGUGCGGCUCGGGGCCGCGCUCGGGGCCGGGGGCGAGGCGCGGGCCCGCGGGCUGAGGAUGAGCGCCGCCCGGGGGACGGUCGUGGUAGAGCGAUGCUGGCAGGUUCCCUUGCCCAAGAAGGGCCGACCGGCCAGGCUGCACCCCAGGAGACACCGCAUCUACCGGCUGGUGGAGGAUACCAAACACUGGCCCCAGGAGACGCUGCAGCUCAUCCUCACCCAGACGGUGCCCAAGCUGGGGGGACGAGGGGACACGGUCUAUGUGAAGAAGUCAGUGGGUCGGAACCAGCUGCUGCCCCGCGGUCUGGCCGUUUACACUUCCCCGGAGAACACCGCUCACUUCCAGGAGGAGAGACGGUUACUUCGUGAGGGAAGACCAGAGCAAAGGCUGCAGACCCGGACGGGAGAGAUGACGGUGCAGUUCCUGAAGGACUCCGUGCUGACGGUGAGGAUGAAGAACAAUGUCAGAUGGGAGCUGACGAAGGAGCUGGUCUGUCGGCAUUUUCUGAAGGAGCUUCGAGUGUUUGUGCCCCAGGAAGCGCUGAGGAUUCCCGAUGAACCCAUCACCCGCUGGGGAGAGUACUGGUGUGACGUCACAGUGAACGGUAUCGAGACAGUCCGCCUACCCAUGUCGGUGGUUAACUUCGAGAGACCCAAGACCCGCCGACGCAAGGAGUGGCUGCUGCAGCAGCAGAAGGCCCAGGGCGAGGGGGCUGAGGGGGGCCAGGGGGAUGAAGCCCCUCCCCUGUAACCUCACCCUGGGGCGAGAUUCCGUCACUUCCUGCUGCUCAGUGUCUGUCGGUCCGCCUGGCAUCACUGCCAGGACUCGGGAGGGUGUGUGUGCGCGUGCGCGCGUGUGUGUGUGAGUCUGUUGCUCUAAUCCCCCUCCCACACACACACACCGGCCUCCUACUGUGCAUGUUCCAGCUGUGGUACCGGGAUGGUGCCCACUCCCCCAGAAUAAAGGCCUUGGACUGAGA